CCUCUCUCUAGAAUUCCUAUCCUUCAAGUCUCCUGAAGCGGGCAUUCGUCUAUCAUCUCUAGCAUAUGCCUUCACCUAGACCUCGGGACAAUCAAUUCCCAUGUCUACGGCUUCUAUGCCUGUUCCCUCCUAGCCAUCCCGGAAACUCGGUCUUUUCCCUUCAGUGACAGGCCGGAGGCGUUGUACUGAUGAUGGCUUAUGCACCGUACCUGUCGUUCCCUCCCACUUUGGCCCAGCUCGUGCCGGCCUGAACCAUAUCGGAAUCCUAUUCCUGGCUAUGGCCCCCCCAAAUACGCCGCUCAAUAUCCAUUUAUCCCUCCACUCUGCCCACGCCCCCAGAAUCCCAAAUGGGGUGCUUUCCUGGCUGAACUAACAGAUGCCCCAUCGUCGUCAGCCAAUGCUGGGCGACGGCACGUUUGCGCCAGGAACACGACGCCUCGGGGAGCCACUUUCCCUCCGGUCUCUCCAGCUCGUUCAGGCCAUGGCUGAUGUCGUUGCUGUUUCCAUCCAGUCUUCUCCGUUCCUUUGCCCUGCUUGUUGUUCAUCCUCAGCCCCUCCACGACGUAAGAGAGUCCCCAUCGUCUUCUUCUAUCAACUGAUCUAAGUAUGUGAGAAAACACCGCGCCGGGCCUAUUUCCUCUUGAAUUUGUUUUGUACCUACCUAUCCUGAUCUAGUAUAAGGGGACCAUCCACGCCCAACCCAACCUGCAUGCCAUCCAUCCUCAUCUGCUCGUUCCCUUCCUGUUGCCUCGACCCCUCACCCCUCCCUCUGCAUCUCAAAAAGGAAAACGAUACAUCUGACCUGCAUCGUCCUGCCUUCCCUUGCCUGGCCUCAACACCACAAUACUGCACAGUAGAGAAGCCGUCCUGUACCCUGCUUCCGGCUGGGCUUCUGUUAUAGUUCUAGUCCCUUACUCACGUGUCCCGCACCACCUCCUUCAUCCAAUUUGGAGCACAGGGUAGUAGUUCUCGACCCUUGAGGCCGCUGCAGUCUACGGAUACACAAAGAUACAUUCGCACGAGAGGCUCACCACUACGCUACCGCUGCGCCAAGCUCCAACCUUCCACACACCCACCCCUCCAUCACGCAAACUACGCACCAAGGACACCCACCUUUCGGGCAGAGGCAUCCCAGUUCCCGCCGGCUCGGACUGGACUGCAGCCAUCGCUGGGCUGCUUUAUCCGUGGGCGGCGUCCACCUUGUCUCUCUCGCUUCGAGCGUGACCGACUUAUUAUUCUUCUCCCCUGACCUACUUGUCUUAGAACUUGGGUCUCGGAAGCCGUCAUACACAUCCUACACGGUCGUUUCCCAACCUGCUCAGGAUUCUGGCCAUCUUCCUCUGCUCAAGUUAGAGUCGCACAGCAAUACACCCUGGCUAGAGAUCUUCGCUUGAUCUACCUGCUACGUUGAUCCUCGAGUUGCGCUUGCGCAGUUAUUUUUGAAAGGCCCGGAUCUCCCUCCGUAACCAGAUGGUCAACAUUUAUCCUUCCACUCUCCGCACUUUACCUUCGACCGGUUACUCCUGAACUCUGGAAGUUUUGCCCACCGUUUUACGCUCUAUUUCACCAAGAAAACUUGCGACAAAAUGGCCGCUGCCGUAGCUGAACACCCGCGUUUCUUUCCUUCGCACCAUGAUGCGCUGAGCCACGAUGAUUUCGAAACAGCCUCGAUCCGCUCAGCCGCGCCGUCUUAUUUCUCAGACGCGCCCUCUUACCACUCGAUCGCUCCGCAUCCCGAGCCUAUUCCUCCUUACUCCCCGCCCGCCAACAACAACAAUGUGAAUCGCACGGCCACUGGCUCCACUCAACACCCAACGUCCCUGCUCCCUGCUGUCCCGGCCCCGAGCCGUUCCGGGAACUCGACGCCCCAGCCCCACCGAACCACCGGCCUACCCCCGAUUCCUCCGGCGCCGCCCAGCGCAGCCCCACGACUCGAUCAGUUCCGCAUUCCGACGUGGUCAACGGUGCACACGAAUCCGACGCUGAACAACGUCGCCCGAAGACGCAUGAACCAAGGUGCCGAUCCCGUUGCCCACCUCCGUCGCUUCAUGUCUGAGCGAAUGGCUGAGGAGGAGGCGGCCCAGCGAGCUCGAGACUUCCGACCGCUCGAAGACCCUUACUUGGUCGGCGAGGAGGCCGCUGCAAGUGCUCGCAGGGAGAGACUUGCACGCGAGUCUGGUGAGGAUAUUCUCUGGGACGAGGAUCGCCGUUGGAACCGCUUUCUCGCGCAAAUGCAAACUUGGGAGGACCGCGAUCGUAGUAGUUGGAGAAACCUGCGCCAGCCUCCACCAGCGCAGCGCAAGAAGCUGACCCGCCGGCUUGCAGGACGUCUUUGGUAGACCACUCGACGUGAUCACGAUCGUCAUGCGCAUAUGACAUGACUGAAAAACGAAGGGUUUGUCAUGUAUCGGGAAAAAGGAGUCUGUCGUUUUUUGCUCUCUCUCUUAUCAUUCAUCCAUCGGCGUCUCUGCAUAGAGCAUAGGGAAGCCGAUGAUUCCUCCUAGAAAGGAGAUGAUUUCCACUCAGGCAUUUUUUUUUUUUGGUUUUGGGUAACGGCCAAGGCAUUCGGGCCUUGUUCUCUUUCUUUCACGACAUUCGUCUUGCCUACGGUCUUGGUCCGGGCAUCGUAGGGUAGAUUUUCAACAAUUUUCGGCAUCGAACCCAGACUUUCAGAUGCAUUCAGGGAAGGAUUCGGGAAGGCCGAAGACAAGCUGCCUACCUUAGCUUUGUUGAGUUUCUACGCAUGGACAGGAGGAACAUUUAGGCCUAGAUUCCUGACAUUCAGGAUAUACGGAACCAAAUUGAAGAAGAUAUUUCAUCUA